AUGGCAGACAUGAGAGAAACAGCAGCGAGAUCAGCUUAUGGAGUGAUGGCAAGUUGGUUCACACCCUCUUAUCUAUUCGUCUUCAUCAACCUUGUCAUUGGCACCAUAGCCAUUAUCUCUCGUUUCGCCAACACCACAAAACGCCAACGCCAACGCCAACACCAACUCCUCCGUUCUCCCUCUUUGGUAGAUAGAUUCACAUCCUUCAACUUUUGUUACCACAAACAUGAUCCAACGACAACAACAAUGUUAACGCCUCACAAUCUUGUUGUGGACCCUGUCCAGAGUACAAACUCUUCCCAAUUAGACCGCUCUUCAUCCUUGUUAGACCGGGUUAGAUCUUUCAGUUUUCACAAAAUAGAGACCCAAAGACCUGAUCCGGUCCAGAAUUCUGGUUCUGAGAUACAAGCUACUUCGUUGUUGGACCGGGUUAGGUCUUUUAGUCUCGGCUUAAGCAAGGUGGAGGAUGAAAAUCCUGAGUCGGUUCAAGAGCCAUUGCGCCGUGCUCCUUCCAUCAUCCAGCGGCUUAAGUCCUUGACCUUUGACAGAUCGGAGUCCGUGAAGGAAUCGGAGGCUGCAUCCGAAGCUGCUGAGGUCACGCGUGGUGGAGAGUUGGUGGAGGAAAGGGGAGAAGAGGAAGGGGUGGACGCGAAGGCUGAUGAUUUCAUCAACAAGUUUAGGCAGCAACUCAGGUUGCAAAGGCUUGACUCUAUUCUACGUUACAGGAAUAUGCUUCAACGAAACUGA